CGGGAAUUGAUGAUGCAAAAAUAAGUCUUGAGUUGAAAAUCCAAAAUAUUACUUUAGAAGUUGAAGGAGAGUAUGUUUGUGAAGUACUAGCGCGUUCUGGACAUACAAAACGAGAUACUUACACGCUUAAAAUAUUCAAUAUAACCGAUAGUUACAUCGAUAUAAAUUUAACAGUUUAUGAUGGAAAAUACAAUAAAAUACGCAGGGCAGGUUUCAAUAAAACCACAUGGACUGUUGAUAUAUCACAUGAACUUACACAAUCUCCUAAAUGGAAAUAUCAUAAUGGUGAAGUUAUAAAAUACGAUAAUUCUUCAAGAAUAUAUGUAGAAAAAGGCAAUAGGAAUGCCACAUUAGUUAUCCAUAAUUUACAACUGUCGGAUUCUGGUUAUUAUGAAAUGAGUGUAUUUAAUCAGAAUAAAAGCAAACAAAUUGUUGUAUCUCUAUUAGUUGAAAGCAAACCUCAAUUUACAAAUAGUUUAAAUAAUAUAAGUAUAUUUUAUGAAGUAGGAAAAAAUCACUAUGUUGAUUGUUAUGUAGAAGGCUAUCCUUUGCCUAAUGUUAGUUGGGCUUUUAAAAAAUGUCUAAACUAUCCAAACUGUACAGACGCGUACACAUUCAAUGACUUAACAAAAAACAUGCACGAAGAACAUGUGUUAAAUGAAACAAAACUCAUAUCGACUUUAAAUAUAACUGCUAGUUAUACCGGGAUACUUUUGUGCAAUGCUUCAAAUGAUUUUGGAUCUUCUAGUUAUGAAUUUAAAUUUUUGGUGACUGAUUUAAUUAAUAAUGUUAAUGGUUUGGUGAUUAAUGGACCAACAUUUAUAUUGAUUGGAGAUAAUAUAACCAUUGACUGCGGUGUUGACAAUCGUUAUUAUAAUAAAAAUAUUAAAUGGUUUGUUCGACUAAUUAAUGGUACAGAAUAUGAAAUUAAACACUCUAAAAAUCAUACAAUUACAAGUAAUUCAUCAAAAUAUUCUUUCCAUUCAUACAUGACGAUGAAUAAUAUUAAAAAUUAUUCAAAUGGUGAAUAUUUUUGUACUGUUACCAAAAUGAACGGGUUGAAUAAGGUAAAUUUAACAUAUCCAGUAAUGGCCAGAAGACCAUACAAACCAAUAAUGUAUGAAUCAUCCAAUGCCACUUUUAUUGUUAAUCUUACUGAAUCAGUAACAUUACAAUGUAAAAUGCGCGCAUUGCCGCUACCGAUUAUAUCCUGGUUUCACGAUAAUCUAAAAUUGGAAAUAAAUAAUAAUAUAUAUUUUGAGGAUAAUAAUCAAACACUUCAUGUACGCAAUAUUACAAUUAAAAAUUUAGGCUCGUAUAAAUGCAGUGCUCUAAAUAAAGUGGGAGCGAGUAACAAGACAAUAUCAUUGGUGUCAUCAACUGAAGCUGAUCAUCCAGUUAAUCAUACAAUCGAAUCCAAUACUUAUUAUAAUAAGAACAUUAUUUAUUAUACUUUUCUUAUUAGUUUGGGGAUUAUAAUAUUGUGUAUCUUUAUCAGUUUGGCUAACUGUUUAAGAAGAAAACAGAAAUUAGAUGAAUUUAGAAAAGCUGCUCUAUACUGCUAUAAUCCUGAUUUGGAAAUUGAAGAAUCAGUACAUUUAAUUCCUUAUAAUAAAAAAUUUGAAUUUCCUAAGAAUAAAAUAAAAUUAGGUAUUCAACUUGGAUCAGGGGCAUUUGGCAUUGUUUAUAAAGCUGAGGCAGAUGGCAUAAUUAAAAAAAAUGUAACGUCUACAAUUGCUGUAAAAAUGGUAAAACCAGGAUCAGAUUCUUCAUAUGUGAAUGCAUUAAUAUCUGAAUUAAAAAUUAUGAUCCAUCUUGGUCGGCAUGUAAAUAUUGUAAAUUUACUUGGAGCGUAUACCAGAAAUAUAAAUGAAAGAGAAUUGAUGGUAUUUGUGGAAUAUUGUCGUUUUGGGAAUAUCCAUGAUUAUAUGGUAGAUCACAGAAAAUAUUUUGUAGACCAAAUUACAGCAGAUGGUCAUCUAAACUUCAAUUACAAAGCUAAAUCAAAAAACCCAUAUAACGAAAACGGUUUUGAUAAAAAGUAUGCAUUAAAAAAUCAUGAUAGAAAUGAUACAGAAACUGAUGAAGAUGGUUAUUUAUUUUCUGACGUUAUCGAUAAACCAGAAUUACGCUACCAAUAUUUUGGAGAUUACGAAAAGGAAAAAACCAAGGAAUUAAGCACUCAUGAUUUAUUGUGUUGGUCAUUCCAAGUAGCUCGAGGAAUGGAAUAUCUUGCUGAAAAGAAAAUUCUUCAUGGUGAUUUAGCUACGAGAAAUAUUCUAUUAGCUGAUGAUAAUAUUGUGAAGAUAUGUGAUUUUGGAUUUUCAAAAUCUAUGUACAGUAGUGAUAACUAUGAAAAAAAAUCAGAAGGUCUAUUGCCAGUAAAAUGGAUGGCAAUUGAGUCACUACAAGAUCGAAUUUAUUCAACCCAGUCAGAUGUUUGGUCAUUUGGGAUUAUUCUGUGGGAAAUAUUCUCAUUGGGUGCUGUACCAUAUCCAGACAUACCAGCAAUGAAUCUACUUAUGAAAUUGAAGGAAGGACAUCGUAUGACACAGCCAUCAUAUGCAAAUCCUGAUAUAUAUAACAUAAUGUUAGAAUGUUGGAAUGAAGAACCAAUGACUAGACCAUCGUUUACUGACUUAAUUGAUUGGAUAGGAAAUUUUUUCCAAGGUGAUGAAAAGACAAGUAUUAUAAGCUUGAAUGAUGUUUAUGUGAGAAAUAAUGCUAUAGAAUCAAAUUCGAAAUGUGUUUUGAAUGUUUUGAGUAAACCAACUUAUAUUAACAGUAAAACUACAAUUACUAAAAACCCUAGCCUAAAUAGUAAAUAGUAUCUUCAGAGGUUACAAGCUUGAAAAUGAAGCAACUUUAAUGAUCAAAAAAACGCCAACAUUCAAAUACCAAAGAUUCAUCGUCAUCUACAAGCAUUUGUAUGAUACAAACCUUGUCCAGAAAAUUGCAAAUACAACAACGACCAUAAAUCAGUCAAAUCGAUCAAGCUGUUCACUAGUGAUUAUUUUACAUACAAAAGAUAAUUUAUUUUUAUAUAAAGUUGUGACUU